UUCAAAAAAGUAAAUAUAGGUUAUGGUUAUGCUGUUCACGAAAGAUAACAUUGCUUAUGAAUUAUAUAAAAAUAUAACAAAACUGACUAGUAGAUACCAAAAAAAAUUAAGAAAUGUUCAGGAAUGUAUUAUUACCCUUACGUCGUGGAAGUUUCCAGGUCACAUCUAUCAGACAAGCUCAAAAAAAAUAUCCCAAAGUAGAUAAAAAGGUUCAAGCAGCGGCAGAAUCCUUAGCGGCAAGAGGCUUCCUACGUCCCACCAAGUCAUGGGAUCCACCUACAAACAUCAAUGAAACAAUUCUGAAAAUAUGUGCAACAUGUGGAUUAAAUGGAAAUUCAGAAUUUGAAGCAUUGGACACAAAAUUUACAGUUCUCAAAGCUUGUUAUGAAGAAACAGGCCAUAGUGUGCCUAAUUCACUUUUGCAUACAAUUGAAACAGUUGAUGACCUAACAGAAUUUUACAAAACACCUGUGUACACAACUACACCGUUUGAUGCUCUGAAGUUAAUGGAUCUACCCAAAAAUCUACAUGUUCAAAAAGAUUAUGUUAGAUUUCAUCCAGAUACGGACACUUUAUUCAAUGGCGUCUCCGCUUUUCCAAAGAGUUCGACUAUUGUAACCGGCCUUAAAGCACGGAAGAAGUAUGAAGGCUACAAUGCUAAAAGGAAAUGGCCUUGAUUCAAUACAUGUUUUCAAUAGCUUCUAAAUUACUUAGUUCAUGUAAUAAAUUUUAU